AUACCCGUUUGGGUACGAGUCAUUUCCACUCGCGACUGUUUAUCGAAAAGAUUUCGCUUUUCUGUAGGAAAAACAUUUUCGUGUACGCUAUCUCUCCCCGGGACAAUCUUGAACGUAACGGUCUUUACACGCUUCAAGCGUCUAACAACGGAAAAGGACAAGAGCUUCUUGAGGACAUUCGAAAGGUGUCCGACACCAGUUGGGGGUUGAGUGUGUUCCUGAGGAAGGAUAAUAAGUGGAAGGAGCUGUUUACGUUUUGUGAUACUCACGUAUAAAAUUAGGAGUCGAGUGUAAGUUAUUGUCACACGACGAUCAACAGUUGGUUGUGGAGCAUUCAAAAAUAAAAGGAUUUCCAACGGCGUGUUGCGCUCGUAAUUGGCUAGUUCGAUAAAUUUCGGUGGCUCUAAGGAUUUAAGUAUUAUUUUUCGGUUUGUGUGAAUGUGAUCAGCGCGUUUAUCCAGUUAAGUGAUUUUGUGAUAACGAAGCAUUAUUGGAAAGUGCAGUUGGUGACAGUGGUGAAGUUUGGGAUUUGUUGGAGAGCAGGAUUUUUAAUCUGAUUCUUCCGCUACACCAUCAGUAGGUGGGAAGUUGUAGGAGUUCAUUAGCAAAAUACAGUCCUAACAAUACGCUAAAAGAGCCCUGAACUGCAAAACAGCAGAAAAAUAAAUCUUCUCGUCCUUUUGGCCUAAUUUCGCAAGUCCAGGAGCAAGAACAUUCUGUGAAUACCAAAACAUCAUAAUAGGCGCAGAAUACUACAAUAAUACAAAGAACUGUUUUAGUAAUGUCGAAAACGAGCCGUGCUCCUAGAGCGGCUCCUGAAACUCACAGAAAAAUUCUUCAAGGAUUACUUACGCUUGUCAUUGAUUGUGUGCAUAUAUGAAACUUGUUGCGUCGCCCUUGACAUUACCGUCGACGCUGUCACUGCCAACGCCGACAACAGAUUUAUUUUCGGGAGUUUUCUCGCGUAAAGGAGCAAUGAACACUACGUCCCCAAAAUCGUCACUUGCCAAAUUAGGUCUACAUUCAAAACAGAAGCCCCUGAAAGUGAUGGUUUUGGGACAGAGUGGCGUUGGAAAGACAGCGAUGGUGGUCCGAUUUAUUACGCGACGUUUUAUUGGUGAAUACGACCCGAAUCUAGAAAAAGUCUACACUUUCAACACCGUCAUCGACAACGAACUUGUGCCCUUCGAAAUCCUGGAUGCUGCCGGGCAACCGAACGAGAGCGAAAACAUUGGACUUGAAGCGAAUAUUCGUUGGGCCGACGCUUUCAUCCUGAUGUACUCCGUCACGGACAAAUGUAGCUUUGAUGAAUGUAACCGUUUGAAGUUUUUAAUUAACUACAAUAAACGACGACGUAAAUUGGGUUCGAAUAGUAAGGACGGCAUGUCAGACGUCCCAGUCAUUCUGGUGGGCAACAAAACAGAUCAAUGGGGUGACAGGAUGGUAACGACCGAGGAGGGACAACGUCGAUUUCGGGAGAUAUCUUGUGCCUGCUUCCAUGAAAUUUCAGUUCGCGAGAGUGUUGAACAGGUGUGGAGUGUAUUUAGAGAUGUAUGCAGAUUUUGGCGGGUAUUUAAUAAAUUUCCAAAAUUAAAACGGUCUACGAGUGAUGUACAAAAUGGAAGUGACUUUGCCUUGAGUCCAGAUUCAACAUGCUCCUAUUAUGAACCUACUCCAGAAAGUGAGACUCGGAGAUCAUUUUUAAUUAUUGGACACUCAUGGCGUGAGGAGGAUUCAAACACCGAGUCAGGCGAUAUCACCGGCCCGAACCAUACAUCUGAUUCGAAGGACGAUAUAGAGCAUCCUUUCCGGAACCGAGCCUCAACGGAUGGUACCCUACUCUCCAGACCUAGACGAUGGCGCUACCCUCCGCCCGGCUGUGCGGUUACACAUUCAAAUAGGGUAGAGCGACGAAUGAGUAUUUCGACCAGAGGCAGCAAUGCCAGCUACUGACUGAAAUUAGGAAUUGCUUAGGUAUCUGAAUGGGAGUUUUAGAAAGAAAAAAGAUUGUGAUAAAAAACGAUAAUAUAAAUUAUUUAUAUGUUUGCGAACCAGAUAAUAAAUUGGCGAUUUGAGAGAGUAUCUAGAAUGAAAGCGAAAAAUUAUAAGAAGUAAAUAUUUGUAUAAAAAUGAUGAUCUCACAUAUGACGGUUUCAUGAUAAUAUUAUAUAAGAGGACGUUGUACAAGUCGAAUCGAAAUUUUUAGUACGUAAAUUUAUAAUAUGGGCUUUGGAAAUAUAUAAUCCAAAGCUCUUAUUUAGUUAGACUGUGAACUUUGAUUUUUUUCAUGUCUUCGAAUAAAAUUUAUAUCAUAUUCUAUUAUUUUACUUUAUUUUUCCAUCCAUAUACUAUAGUUAUUCAACAGGUAAGUAGCCUUUCAUCCUUUUCAAAAUGGGGAUAAUCACAAGACUUCAUGGAUUCCCAGAAUUUCAGCUUGGUUUUCUCAAAGUCUCAUAAGCGUUGACUGGACUUUCGUCCUGUUUUCAUAGAAUCACACUUCCUCCGUUGGUUUGGAUUUCGCCUAGUUUGUGUUUUAUCGAAAAAAAAAUUGGAUCCCUAGCAUAGGCAAAAAAAAUUCAAAAAGAUCAUAUAAAAGCAACUCUGGUGUUCAUUAAAAUCUUUUUUAAAAAAAAUGAUGUGAUAUCAAUUUAUAUUUGUUUACAAAUUGUGGUAAUAGAAGUUGAAAAUUUAUUUACGUUAGGCAAAUUACAAUGUAGUAUAUCAUAAUUCGGAGUCUCGUUUAAAUGUAUCGUAGUAUUUUACUAUAAUACUUCCAUAAUUUAUCAUAUUCGGAAUAAAUGUAUAUUCAAUAAGAAAAAUUUAUCAAUUCGAUAAGUGGAAAUCUUCAAAAAUAAAAAAUAUUUAUUCAAGGGAAAAGAAAUCGCUUAUAUAUUCUACUGCUACGAUUAAGUAAAAUC